CAACGCACAGUACAUGGUAUACACGCUUGGGUUCACAAGCACAUUACGUUGUUGCGUUUAAACUACAGUUGAGCGGAAUACAGUUUGAUCCUAUAAGUACUACUGCUACAGAAUGGAGGAACCAAAAGGCUUGAGUUUCGUGGAACAAUUUGUAAAGGAAAAGGUGCCAGACCUUUCUGAAAAGAAGCUAGAAAAGCAACUAGUGAACUUGUACCAGAAACCUAUUUUGUUGUUAUGUGAAAAAUCUGGCAAAGUUAAAAAGAAAAAACAAAAGAAAUCUCUUCGUCAAUGCAAAGCUGAUUUAAAACGUGCUCUCACACAAAACAGUAACUACGCUGAAUAUGAACCGCUUCGAAAAAUGUGGAGUGAGUAUAUUAGAGAAGUUCUCUAUGUGGGGGGUAAGAAGCAGGUGGACAUGAAAAUGGCUCAAGAAGUGUUUUUGAAAGCUGACCUACAUGGUGCGGUUAUAUCUGUGGUUUUAUCCAAUUGCAAACAUCUCGAAAAAACGAAAGGAACUAUCAUCACAGAAAGCAAAAACAUGUUUCAAAUUGUUACACUCAAAAACACAAUUCGUAAUAUUCCAAAAAAGAAUUCUGUAUUUGAAAUUAUAUUCGAAAACUUAAGAGUAACAAUAUUUGGGGAUCAGUUUUGCAUUAAACCCUCGCAACGGUUAACCAAAAAGUUUAAAAACUACAUACCUGUGCUGCCAGUAAUUUAACUUUUUUGUACUUGAUGUUGGUUAUGUAUGUUAUGAUGCAUAUUGUUUAUUUAUUAAACAAAUAGGUUAUUUCAUGAAUGCACAUACACUGAGUGAAUAAUUAUUAACAAGAGCAGUAUAAUAUCGAAUUGAAAGCCCAGAUGAAGAUAACGACAGGGCAAAUACAUUAAAUAGAAUGGUGUUCAGUAUCCGUAUGUACUGCAAAUUAAAACAAUUUCAUUAAUAUUUCAAUUCGGAAUUGACAAUUCCCAAAGUUAUUUGUAAUAAAGAAGUUGGUAGGCUAUACAAAUAAUACAAUUGCAAUAUAUUAACAGCAUAAUUAAACUGUGAAGGAAAAUAAUUAAGUAAUUAAAUAGAUCUUUAUGUUUAUCCAUUGCAUCUAUGUUCUGCCAACAAAAGGUACCAACACGGGCACUGUGUUGAUGUAUUGCUUGUAUUCCGGUAGUUCUCCAUAUCUCUUUAACCCACUUCGUUCUAGUAUUGGCACCCCACUCACAUUGUUUAGAAGAUAAUAUAGAAAUACCGGCGACAAAAUACUAACCCAUGUCCAUCCUG